GGUUUGUCAACACUGGGACCUGGUCCGUCGACAGAAUACUCAAGUUUCUUGCCGCUUCGAAACAAAACAGUUUCGUUGUCUAUGGAAACAAGUCCAUUUCAUCCAUGGCAUGGCAGCGCCGCUGAAGAAGGCGAUUAUCAGAAACAAGCACAGAUUGGCUGGGACAGUGAAGCUGAUUUCAUUAACGAAGAGUGUGAAUUGCCCUAUCCGGGGUAA